UGAAGCCGAAAGUGCGGCGCUGUGGCCGCCGCAGGGUGAGUCUCACCUUGGCCUGCGCGAGCCCUCUUUGACCCAGGUUGGGAAGCGAGACGGGAGUAAAAUAUGAACGCAAGAGUGGAUUCCUUGGUUACUGAGGAAGAGAUCAGUCUCACUAGAGGACCCUCAGGGCUGGGCUUCAACAUCGUCGGUGGGACAGAUCAGCAGUAUGUCUCCAAUGACAGUGGCAUCUUCGUCAGCCGCAUCAAAGAAAACGGGGCUGCGGCCCUGGAUGGGAGGCUCCAGGAGGGUGAUAAGAUCCUCUCGGUAAAUGGCCAAGACCUAAAGAACCUGCUGCACCAGGAUGCUGUAGACCUCUUUCGUAAUGCAGGCUAUGCUGUGUCCCUGAGAGUGCAGCACAGGUUACAGGUGCAGAAUGGGCCUAUGGGACAUCAAGGUGAAGGGGAGCCAAGUGGUAUUCCCAUAACUAUGGUGCUGGUGCCAGUGUUUGCCCUCACCGUGGUAGCAGCCUGGGCCUUUGUGAGAUACCGGCAACGACUUUGAAAAGCUUGCUUGCUUCCAGUGCUCCCAAAGCAGAAGAUACAUUUCUCUCUUUCUCUAACACUCCUCCCCUACCAUUCUCCCAUAACUUUCCUUCUCUCUACAGUGCCAACCCAGGAUUUAAAGAGACUCUACCCAACCAGAACCUUGCUGCUCGAAAUCUCUAAGUGCUUGUAUUCUAGUGGGAGAGUAAAGGCAUUGUUUGAAGGAAAGCUGAAGGAAGGACUUGCUUACAACAAACGAAGAGUUAUAUAUUUUACUAGGACUGCCAAUAGAAGUUCAGCUACAACCCAAAGAGGGAAAGGUCCAGUCUUCCCAUCACCAUGCGCGAUUCCUUUUUUCUUACCUGGCAUGUGUCAAAGGCCAGCUAUAAUAAGAGGAAGAAAGGAUUUUUCUCUUUAAUGAUCUUCCUUGGGAAGUUUUUGUGGCUUUUAUUUAAUUUCUAACUACCUACUUGGGCGCCUGCUUUGUAUCAAACAAAGGUGCAUGAAAAGAGCAUUUCUACUUUUUUCAAAAAGCAAAUACAUAAUAUAUAUAGUCAUAUAUGCUAGUAUAAUAGUGAUGCCUUAUGGAGAAUUAAAGAGGUAGGAAGCA